AUGAAGGCGUUAAUUAUACUCGCGUAUGCCAUAUUCUUUCUUCACCAGGCUUCUCUCAGUCAUGCUAGCCUUGCUACUAUUAACGGACCCCAUGAUAAAGAAAAACAUGCAAACUAUGAUGAAAACUAUCUUAUUAACGGAGAAUUCAACGUUGAGGAUAUUUCAUCCCUAGAAGAUAGUUUAGCUCAUAAUGCGAAUGAUCAAGACAUUGCCCAAGAUGAUCUAUUGGCAGACGAUGACCGACUUGCUGAAGAGGCCACGGAGAAACAUCAUUGGAUACGUCGUCGUCGUCGUCGCCGCCGUCGUCGCCAUUAUUUGUCAUGGCCUUCUAUUAGACAUUUUGGUCGUCCUAUUCCUACUUCCAGUUUACCAGGUCAUCUAUAUAAUGUGUUUAUUAGUCGACGACGCCGCUACAGACCUAGUGAUGGCUCUAAUCACUACUUUCGAGGCCGAUACUACUUUAAUCGUCGAAAAUAUCAUUAG